UAUCGCAACUGUCGCAGUUGCUAAACAUAGCUCGAGUGUCGUCACGUAGCGCAAACUUCGCCAGUGAUAACGAAUAUUUACACUCUUUUGUCUGAAUUUUUCCUUUUUUAAUUCGUGUUUUUUCGAGGAUGGCUGUCGAACUUUUGCUACUCCGAACGGGCAAACCAGCCCUGAGUCAGGUUAUGAGACUUCACACUAGUGCAGUCUGCAAUGCAGUCGCCGAAGCAAAACCAGCAAUCCAAAAAACCUUUGCAAUCUAUAGAUGGAACCCUGAUAAACCUGAAGAGAAACCAACAAUGCAGGAAUACACUAUCGACCUGAAUAAAUGUGGACCUAUGGUUUUGGACGCCUUGAUCAAAAUUAAGAAUGAAGUCGACCCCACCCUUACUUUUCGCCGAUCAUGCAGAGAGGGCAUUUGCGGAUCUUGUGCCAUGAAUAUUGGAGGCUGCAACACUUUAGCCUGCAUCAGUAAAAUAGACACAACUCCAGGCAAAGUAACCAAGAUUUAUCCACUUCCACACAUGUACGUGAUCAAGGAUCUGGUCCCAGACAUGAAUAACUUCUACAAACAAUACCAGUCGAUUCAGCCAUUCCUGCAGCGCAGUGACAACCAUAAAGUUGGAACUCAGCAGUAUCUGCAGUCUGUAGAAGAUCGAAAGAAGUUGGAUGGACUUUACGAAUGUAUUCUUUGUGCCUGUUGCAGCACAUCUUGUCCCAGUUACUGGUGGAACAGUGACAAGUAUCUUGGACCUGCUGUCUUGAUGCAGGCUUAUCGUUGGAUUAUUGAUUCGCGUGAUGAGAAAACUGCUGAACGACUCGAUAAGUUGCGUGACCCAUUCUCAGUAUUUCGAUGCCAUACUAUCAUGAAUUGCACCAAAACCUGUCCGAAGGGUUUGAAUCCAGGAAGAGCCAUUGCCGAAAUAAAAAAAUUGCUGUCAGGAAUCGCAAAGAAGGAGAAACCCGGACUUCAGACGGACGCUCUCCAUCAAUAAGCGUUUAUGUUCCAAUUAGUUUGACAUACUUCUCAUCCGCUUGUUAUCUAAUGACUUUAAUUUCAGGCAGGAAUCAUUGUAUUAGGUGCUACUGUACUCCUUAUCAUAAAAAAACAAUCACUUGAUCAUUAUGCGCUCUGAGAUUCAAUGAACACUUGUCAAGUACCUGAUUUUGAAUGAGAAGUGUAAGGAAGUUUUAUGAAUGCAGUAUUUCGUUUUAAUGUGUAGCACAAUUAACUUAUUUACUUUUUUUUUGUAUGAUUCAGAUGUUUGGUUUAUUGUAAAGAACAGUGAAAUUAAUAAAGAUCGGUUUUUCAAGCUGAAAACUUGCCUCAACAUAAUGCAGGUCUAACCUCCAAAAAAUUUGAAGUACACAUGUAUAAUUUUGUAAAGUGAGAGGCAAGUUUAUUUUUGAUCCUCAGCUUGUGUUUCAACUUUUAAUAUCUUCUCGAAAAAUUGACUUUUUUUUGUUAAAGAACAUCAAAGUUGAAUUCAUUUUAUUUUCAAGUAUGCAUUGAUUGGAGAGGAUUCUCAAGAAGGGCCCUUGAAACACAGGCGAAUUCUUUUAAUGAUCCACCUUAUCUAGACAAACAGGUGGCAAUGGUCUCAGCUACCUUGCUGCUGAUCAACGUAGCAGCUGCUUGAAGAAACAAGCUUACGUCGACUAUUAUGGGCUCCUUCUCCGGAACGCCCCUCAAUCAUCAUUUUCAUGGCCUUGUUACUUCAGAAACUCAGGAUAAAUGAACACAUUUACUUAAAUUCUAGUAUCAUUACAGAUUCUUUGAUUUCGGAAUGAUAAUUGUUUAAUUAACAAAAGAAAGUAUAGAAUUACUGUCCAAUAUUUAUUAUUCAUUUUUGAACUUACAAGUUUGAGGCGUUUUUCAAUUUAUCAUACGUUGAUUCACUAUGAAAAUCACGAAAUAAUAAGCAGUAUUAGGAAAGCUUUUUAAAAGAAAAUAUUCGGAAGAAAGUGAGCAGAUGACAGUAACAGAUUACAUUUAAUUUAAUGUAGAAUUUGCUUUUCGCCACUCGUUUCACUAUACAAAAAUUGCAUUGAUUAUUAAUGUUCCUGAAUAGUAGGCUAUACGCUGAUUGUAUCAAUUUUUCAAGAUAUAUGUGAUAAUUUUCAAGUCAAUGGUAGUACUUCUGAUGUACGGCAUAAGAAUGAGCAACGCUGAAUUUUUGUUGAGAUAAAUCUGUAUAAUGUUCUGAUGAAUCAGAUUAACUUGAAGAACUUAAAGUGUUCUCUACUCAUGUUGUUUUAAAUUGUUAAUAAAUUUUCCUUGAAGGUAA